CAUCAGCGCUCAGCAUCCACUGGUAGACCGCCCCCCACCCCUUCCCUAAGUAUCCACGCCUAGUUUCUCCCUUCCCGCCCCAGCGGGCCGCCUGCACCCCACGGCCAGUCAGAGGCCCACCUGCGGCCCUCUAGAGCCGAGAGGCGCUUGCCUCCCAGCUUGCCGCACGCCCAUUGUGUGCGCCGAGCCGGAGGAGGGGCUGCGAGGGGCGGGGCCGGGGCGGGCGGAGGGAGGGAGCGAGGGAGGGCCGCGGGGAGAUGCUGAGCCUGCUGGGGAGGCGGCGGCGGCAGUGGAGAGAGCGGGAGGAGCGAGGGAAGGCAGGAAGGAGGCAGCCGAAGGCCGAGCUGGGUGGCUGGACCGGGUGCUGGCUGCGCCGCGCUGCUCUCGGCUCCCACGGCCUCUCCCAUGCGCUGAGGGCGUCCGGCUGGGCCGGGCGGGCGGCGGGAGGGGAGGCUCCUCUCCAUGGUCCAGAAGACCGGCAUGUCCCGGGGCCCUUACCCACCCUCCCAGGAGAUCCCCAUGGAGGUCUUCGACCCCAGCCCGCAGGGCAAAUACAGCAAGAGGAAAGGGCGAUUCAAACGGUCGGAUGGGAGCACGUCCUCAGAUACCACAUCCAACAGCUUUGUCCGCCAGGGCUCAGCAGAGUCCUACACCAGCCGUCCAUCGGACUCUGAUGUAUCUCUGGAGGAGGACCGGGAAGCCUUAAGGAAGGAAGCAGAGCGCCAGGCAUUAGCGCAGCUCGAGAAGGCCAAGACCAAGCCAGUGGCAUUUGCCGUGCGGACAAAUGUGGGCUACAAUCCGUCUCCAGGAGAUGAGGUGCCUGUGCAGGGAGUGGCCAUUACCUUUGAGCCCAAAGACUUCCUGCACAUCAAGGAGAAAUACAAUAAUGACUGGUGGAUCGGGCGGCUGGUGAAGGAGGGCUGUGAGGUUGGCUUCAUUCCCAGCCCCGUCAAACUGGACAGCCUUCGUCUGCUGCAGGAACAGAAGCUGCGCCAGAACCGCCUCAGCUCCAGCAAAUCAGGCGAUAACUCCAGUUCCAGUCUGGGAGAUGUGGUGACUGGCACCCGCCGCCCCACACCCCCUGCCAGUGCCAAACAGAAGCAGAAGUCGACAGAGCAUGUGCCCCCCUAUGACGUGGUGCCUUCCAUGAGGCCCAUCAUCCUGGUGGGACCGUCGCUCAAGGGCUACGAGGUUACAGACAUGAUGCAGAAAGCUUUAUUUGACUUCUUGAAGCAUCGGUUUGAUGGCAGGAUCUCCAUCACUCGUGUGACGGCAGACAUUUCUCUAGCUAAGCGCUCAGUUCUCAACAACCCCAGCAAACACAUCAUCAUUGAGCGCUCCAACACACGCUCCAGCUUGGCUGAGGUGCAGAGUGAAAUCGAGCGAAUCUUCGAGCUGGCCCGGACCCUUCAGUUGGUUGCUCUGGAUGCUGACACCAUCAAUCACCCAGCCCAGCUGUCCAAGACCUCGCUGGCCCCCAUCAUUGUUUACAUCAAGAUCACCUCUCCCAAGGUACUUCAGAGGCUCAUCAAGUCCCGAGGAAAGUCUCAGUCCAAACACCUCAACGUCCAAAUAGCGGCCUCGGAAAAGCUGGCACAGUGCCCCCCUGAAAUGUUUGACAUCAUCCUGGACGAGAACCAAUUGGAGGAUGCCUGCGAGCACCUGGCGGAGUACUUGGAAGCCUAUUGGAAGGCCACACAUCCGCCCAGCAGCACGCCACCCAAUCCGCUGCUGAACCGCACCAUGGCUACCGCAGCCCUGGCUGCCAGCCCUGCCCCUGUCUCCAACCUCCAGGGACCUUACCUUGCUUCCGGGGACCAGCCGCUGGAACGGGCCACCGGGGAGCACGCCAGCGUGCACGAGUACCCAGGGGAGCUGGGCCAGCCCCCUGGCCUUUACCCCAGCAGCCACCCAGCAGGCCGGGCAGGCACGCUACGGGCACUGUCCCGCCAAGACACUUUUGAUGCCGACACCCCCGGCAGCCGAAACUCUGCCUACACGGAGCUGGGAGACUCAUGUGUGGACAUGGAGACUGACCCCUCAGAGGGGCCAGGGCUUGGAGACCCUGCAGGGGGCGGCACCCCCCCAGCCCGACAGGGAUCCUGGGAGGACGAGGAAGAAGACUAUGAGGAAGAGCUGACCGACAACCGGAACCGGGGCCGGAAUAAGGCCCGCUACUGCGCUGAGGGUGGGGGUCCAGUUUUGGGGCGCAACAAGAAUGAGCUGGAGGGCUGGGGACGAGGCGUCUACAUCCGCUGAGAGGCAGGGGCCACACGGCGGGAGGAAGGGCUCUGAGCCCAGGGGAGGGGAGGGGAGGGGAGGGGAGGGGAGGGGAGGGAGCGAGGGGCUCACACCCAACAUGUAUUCGCCUCCAGGGGGCGCUGUCUCCCGCCUUUCAGAUGCCUUUGCUCAAAGCUUGGGGUUUAUUCGGCGUUAUCAUCCCAGCUCCCGGGAGGCCCUUAAGCCCCCAGCUGUCGGUUUUUACCUGCCUGUUGCGGAUGGAUGGGGGAUACCCACUUUUCUGAAGUGUCCCCUUUCUCCCAUCUUAAGGGGCUCUCCUCCCUCGCCCUCCUAGAGAAAAGGUGCACUUCCUUCACUCUUUCUGCUCGGGGCCCUAAGUGACGGUCCUAAGUGGGAUGGCUCUCCUUCUCCCAAGCUGCAGUACUGGGGAAGGGCCGGGCGGUUUUCCUGGAAAGGGAGGCCACAGAUUCUUUCCCAUGGGGGCUCUCUUCCCCAGACCCCAGAUCCGAGGUCCCUCACCCUGCCUGCCCCUUCCUCCCAGGUUCCUGGCAGCAUCGUCUGGUCGGUGAAAGCUACAGCAUGGACACCCCAUGGGGAGCUUGUCUCGGGGAGGGUUCUGGGUGGAAGCUGGCAGGCAUAUAAAACCCUCUACCCUCCGUGGCCAUGGCAACGUCCAGGGCCCAGAACCCUGAAGAGUGAGCAGCUGAGGCGCUGCUCCCCACCCCCCACCUCCAUACCUCAGCCUUUGCCUACCCCAGGAAUGAGCUUGGCCUCCAACAUCCCUUGCCUGCUGCCAUUAGAAGAGGGGGCCCCUCUGCAUCUGAGCCCCCCAUCCCUGUACCACCUGGGUGUGGAGCCCAUGGAACACUCUGGUCCGCCUCAUUUUAAACCAAAAAACUGCUCCUUCACCCUCACCCUGAGGCCCCAGGGGAGAGGACCCAUGGGUUGGUGCCCAGGGGUUGCCUUGGGACCUCGGAUCUCCUCUGGGGGGCUUGGCUGCUGCUGUUGCUGCUCUGUAUUUGCCUCUCGUGAUUCUGUUUGUUACCCAUGUUCACUUCCCCCAGGAGACCCCCUCUCCCCUGGGGCAUCCCUCUGCCUUGGAAUCCCUGUAGCCCAGCAGCCCUGCCCCUCCCCAGCAUCCCAGCUGGGCCAGAGAGAGCCGACUGUGCCAACAAGGACUGGGCCCUGCCCGGCUGCCCGCCUCAGGGAUGGGCACCUCAUGCCUGUCUCACCACCUCCUGUGCCAAUGUCCUACCCUCCACCUGGGGGUGGGGUGCAGCUUCCACUUACUGAUUAGAAGACACCACUGCCCACCCUUUCCCCCUCCCUGUCUGGUGUCCUGUGCCCCCAUGUGUCUGUCUAUAUUUGUCUGUACUCCCCUAGGAGAAGUAUUUUGCCAUAUAUAAAACCACUGUCCUGUCCUUUG